CUGACCGAAAGAGGAGGUAACAGGGGCAGCGUAGUACGCGUGCAAGUAAUAAUAGUUUUCUCGUUUCGAAUAUUGAUUGUAGCUUUAGUCCAAGCCAACGAACCCUAACCCAAAUCCCAAAUCCCAAAUCCCAAAUCCCCUUUCAAUCUUUAGAACGGUGGAGAAAGAAGCUUGGUAUGCUAGUGCUCCAUAUCCAUCGCCAGUGAAGGUGAUCAUCCUUGGUGACUGAAAUUACCGGCAUAGCCCACCUCUGCAACUUCACGCCGGCGAAGAAUUCCAGAAAGACAGCUCCAAGUAGACGAAGAGCGGAAGGACAGAGGAAACAAGUAACUGGACUGGUUGAGGUUCAUCUGGAGUGUUUGCGACGUCGGCAAUUCGGAAAAUUCCUUCCAGAGCAUAGAAUGGCGUGGAGAGAGAUUAGGAGAAAGGGUAUCCCUUCCAAUCUCAUAAAAGCAGGUGUCCCUUCCAAUCUCAUAAAAUCUUUGAACUCUACCACUCUAGGCGAUGGAGUGCAAUCGUUAACUGCUAUAUUCGGGAACCUUCCAGAGAUAUAUGUUAGUUCAACAUGCCAAGAUACUGUAAAUGGCAUAAAUUUGGCCAAACAACAAUUAAAGUUUAUUCGGUGUUUUCAUGCAAGCCCACAGCCAUUGGCAAGGAGAAGAAAUGAUGAACAAUAUGGUCUAAAAGCUCCCAAGAAAGAGAAGUUUGUGAAAAAGGAAAAUAGAUCCCAACCACCUGUUGAAGCUCCAUAUGUACCUCCAAAACCAAAGAAAACAGCAAAAUCAUUGCCUGAUAAAACGAUUGACAUCUUUGAAGGCAUGGCUAUUGUAGAGCUUGCCAAGCGUACUGGUGCAUCAGUAUCUUCAUUGCAAGAUAUACUUAUUAAUGUUGGAGAAAAAGUUGACUCUGAGUUUGAUCCCGUCAGCAUUGAUAUUGCAGAACUGGUUGCAAUGGAAGUUGGAGUCAAUGUUAGAAGACUACACUCAAAUGAAGGUGCAGAAGUCCAACCACGACCUGCAGUUGUGACUGUCAUGGGUCAUGUUGAUCAUGGUAAAACAUCUCUCUUAGAUGCUCUACGACAAACCUCCGUGGCAGCCAAGGAAGCUGGAGGUAUAACUCAACAUUUGGGAGCAUUUGUUAUAGAGAUGCCAUCUGGAGCAUCGAUCACAUUCCUUGACACACCAGGCCAUGCUGCAUUUAGUGCAAUGCGGGCAAGAGGUGCAGCAGUCACAGAUAUAGUUGUGCUUGUUGUAGCAGCUGAUGAUGGUGUAAUGCCCCAAACUCUUGAAGCAAUGUCCCAUGCAAAAGCAGCUAAUGUUCCGAUUGUGGUUGCAGUCAACAAAUGCGAUAAACCAGCUGCAGAUCCAGAAAGAGUACGAAUGCAACUUGGUGGAGAGGGCUUGCCACUGGAGGAGAUGGGAGGAGAUGUUCAAGUAGUUGAAGUUUCUGCGGUGCUGAAGACAGGACUAGAUAAACUGGAGGAAGCAUUACUUCUCCAGGCUGAGUUGAUGGAUCUGAAAGCACGUGUUGAUGGGCCUGCUCAAGCAUAUGUAGUGGAGGCAAGGCUUGAUCGUGGACGAGGCCCUUUGGCUACGGCAAUUGUGAAGGCAGGGACCUUGGAAUGUGGGCAAUAUGUGGUUGUGGGGGCAGAGUGGGGAAGGAUAAGGGCUGUUAGGGAUAUGGUGGGAAGGGUGACUGAGAGGGCACAGCCUGCUAUGCCUAUUGAGAUUGAAGGUCUUAGAGGGCUUCCGAUGGCUGGUGAUGAUAUUACUGUUGUGGAAUCAGAGGAAAGAGCAAGAAUGCUUAGCGAGGGAAGGAAAAAGAAAAUGGAGAAAGAUAGGCUUAAAAAGAUUGAUGAAGAAAGGAUAGAAGUUCCUGAUGCAUCAGAAGAGGUGCCUGAGAGAGUUGAGAUGCCAGUGAUUAUUAAAGCAGAUGUGCAGGGUACUGUCCAAGCAGUCACCGAUGCAUUGAAGAGUCUGAAUAGUCCUCAGGUUUUUGUCAAUAUAAUACAUAUUGGAGUUGGCCCAAUCUCUCAGUCUGAUGUCGACUUGGCACAAGCUUGUGGUGCAUGCAUUGUUGGGUUCAAUAUAAAGAAUCCACCCAGUUCUGUCAGUGUUGCAGCAAAUCGAGCCAAUAUUAAGAUAAUGGUGCACCGUGUGAUCUAUCACCUUUUGGAGGAUGUGGGCAAUCUGAUCGUCACAAAUGCCCCGGGAACUCUAGAGACACAGGUUGCUGGGGAGGCCCAGGUGUUGAAUAUUUUUGAGCUGAAAGGAAGGAGCAAAGCCAAGGGGGAGGAUGUGAAGAUUGCUGGCUGCCGGGUGCUAGAUGGUCUUUUCACCAAGUCAUCAACCAUGAGGCUGUUGAGGAGUGGGGAGGUUGUUUUUGAAGGGUGCUGUGAGUCACUGAAGCGGGAAAAGCAGGAUGUGGAGACUGUUGGGAAGGGUCUUGAAUGUGGCCUGGUGAUACGUGAUUGUGAUGAUUUUCAGGUUGGAGACAUCAUCCAGUGCUUGGAGCAAGUUAAAAGGAAACCCAAAUUUGUUUCAUCAGAGAGCGGGGCUGUUUGGAUUGAGUGCUGAUUACUUACUGCCAUGAUGAUUAUAUAAUUUAUCUUUUGGUUAUACAAGGCUUACACUUAAUUUAAACAUGGUACACCCUUCCACUGUCAUAUUUUAGGAAAGAGAUCAAGGAGGGGAUGAUGAUGCUACAGUUCCUCAGAUUUUGUAGAUUGGGAGAGGUAUUUUUUCAGUUCUGACAUUCUUUAGAGGUUCUGGGAAAUCUGGCCUUUUAGAAGGCAUUGUCCUGUUUUAGGUUUUUCAAAUUUUUUUUUUGGGGUGGUGGAGGGGGUGCAAAAGAGAUCGGGCAAGGACAAGUACUUGUCGUUUUUGGCAUUUUCAGAGGUAUUUGAAGACAUCAGUUGAGGCAAGAAACCAAUUAAUAAUGUUAGUCGAGGAUGAUUUUAUUGUGUAUGAAUCAUGAGCAGUUGUAAAUAACAUUGAGAUGCCAAAUUAUUUGACUGCUCUCCUUUAAAAAACUUGCUCUAUAUUUUUUAA